UUCUCUUUUCUGUGCCCAAAGCGAAAAGCGGGAAAGAGCAUAUUCACAUCUAUAUAUAUAUAUAGAGAGAGAGAGAGAGAGCACGAUCGAUCGAUCAAUCGCCAUGGGAACGGGCUGCGGUGAUAUCUGCGCUCUGCCAGAGGGUUGCAUCUCCGACGUUAUCUCUCUGACGUCACCGGUCGAUGCUUGCCGGUCGGCGGCGGUCUGCACCACCUUUCGCUCUGCCGCCGUGUCCGACACCGUGUGGGAGCGGUUCUUGCCGCCCGAUUACCGAUCGAUCCUAUCGCGGGCUGUCCAGCCGGUGGAGUACUCAUCCAAGAAGGAGCUCUUUUUCCGCCUCUGCGAAUCCAUCCUCAUCGACGACGGCAAGAUGAGUUUCUCACUGGAGAAAUCGAGCGGUGCAAAGUGCUACAUGCUGUCUGCCAGACAGAUUUUUAUCGUAUGGGGGGAUACUCCCGAGUAUUGGAUCUGGCAUCCACUACCCGAAUCCAGGUUUUCAGAGGUUGCUGAGCUCGUAGAUGUUUGCUGGUUGGAGAUUCGAGGCAAAAUUGAAAGCAGCAUACUUACUCCUAAAACAACCUAUGCUGCCUAUCUCAUCUUCAAAGCAGAUCCGGAUUCAGGAGGUCUGGGCUUUGUGAAUCAGGAAACAACGGUGAAACUGGGUGCCCAGGUGUCCGCACAUACUGUAAAUGUACAACCCAUUGUCUCUGGGAGACCGAGGUACAGACAUCGUCUGUAUUUCCUGAAUCAGAUUUGGGAUGCCAUGCUGGAGGAGCAUGCUGAUGCGGAGGAAAACAAGAUUGCAGCUAGAGCCCCUCAGUCAAGGGCUGAUGGUUGGAUGGAGAUGGAGAUGGGGGAAUUCUACAAUGAUGAGGGUGAGGAUGGGGAAGUGGAAAUGAAUUUGAUGGAGGUGAAAGGAGGGCAUUGGAAGUCCGGACUCAUCAUCCAAGGCAUUGAGAUAAGGCCUAAGAAGUAGUCACAAGAGCUUUUAUGUGUUGGCGUUUGGAUUGUUUUGGCAGCUGUAAGUAGAUUGGUAAUUAUAGAUAGACAAAGGUUGCUUUGCAGCUUUGGACAUUCUCAAACAACUAAUUGAAAGUUUUAGUUCCUUCCUUUCUCAUUAGCUUUCUUUUGUUCACUGCAGUAUGGAAGACAUGGUUUCUGUUUUCUUUCUUAAAUUCUCCUCAAUUACGAAGACUGAACACGUCACUAUAUUAACCUUUGUCUAGGAACGUCUAAUAUUCCUAUUUUAUUCUGUUUAUUUCAAGAAAAUGUAUUUAUUCUGUUUAAUAAGGCCGCGAAUUACAAGGUGGUUGCAAAUGGGAUUUCAGCAGGUUGGAGGACUUGAAAGAUUUGAACCAAACCUUUGUAAACUGCUGGGAUUCACGCUGUUUAUCAUUGAUGGAUGCAUCGAGAUAUUGAAGUAAUUGUGACAUCAAGCUUUAGAUUCA